GAUCAGCCUCAUUAAGUCCUCCUCCUCCACGCUCUCAUCCAGAACUACAUCACCAGCAGCGGUGACAAAUCACGCGCAGGUUUGCAGCCCACCUCCCCUCCUCCACUCUCGUAGUAAAACACGCUCCGUCCGCGCAGCGCGUCGCCGAGCAGACGCGCAGAGUGGCACAUCUCCAGCAGCAGGCCUACGCAGUGUGCGUCUCCUGUCCGGACUGUUGGAUCUGCUGUCGUUUGUGAAAGCACGGCUUGUGCCUCACGCUGAACUGAACGGAGAUCUUCAUAGUGACGCGUUUUUCUUUCUGCACCCCCCCCCGAGGAGUGCUUGCGUACCUUUUCCCUUUCAUACACCCUUUCUCAUCUGUCGCUUUGAGUUGUUAGAGAGCCCGCAGAGGCGAACAGGACAGCAUGGCAAUGGUGCAAGGCUGUCUGACGGCAGGAUGAUGCGUUCCUUCCUAUUCCCCCUCUCUGCGCUUUGACUUUGGAGGAAUGGGCUUCUCUGUCGGAGCUUUACCUGAAGCGUUUUUUCUCUCAUAUUUGGACAUGAGCAUACCCCGGCUUUCUUUCUGUGUGUGUUAUGGGCAGCAUCUUGUGCCUUCUGGUCCAGCUCUCACCUUCCUCCUCUCAUCCUCCUCCUCCUCCGCGCGUGUCUAAUUGGAGCGACUGCGAGCAUCUUAAUUGAAGGGAAUCACCCACGUCGGACACAGACCUCUCAUCACGCUCUUUUUUGUAUUGAAUCAGCGACACACACACACACACACACACACACACACACACACAGACUCUGCUCUUUGUGGAUGUUUUUGUCUACUAUAGGUGCUGCUGUGUUUCUCGGUUCUACCCUUCAGUGACAAUGCCGGUGCACGCGCUGCCCCGCGGUGGCGGCGUUGGCAGCAGCAGCCUCGGCGGCCCCGGGUCCCUGAGCCCGGCGUCGCUGUCCCGCAGCCUGUCCCGGCUCAGGGAGUACCGGACCCGGACGAGGAUCAUGCUGGCUCUGGGAGUCUCUCAGAUGGUCCUGGGGAGUCUCAUUCUGGCCGUCAGCUUCGCCGCUCUGGCUCUCACUACAUCUCCCAGAGUCCGUCACUCCUGUCCUUUCUGGGCUGGCUUCUCUGUGCUGCUCUCUGGACUGAUUGGAGUGGUGUCAUGGAAGAGGCCUCUCUCUCUCGUGAUCACGUUCUUCAUGCUGCUCUCAGCUGUGUGUGUGAUGUUAAACCUGGCGGGCUCCAUCCUCUCCUGCCAGAACGCUCAGCUGGUCAACUCCCUGGAAGACUGUCAGCUGCUCAAGUUUGACAGCGAUGGAGUGUGUGUGUGCUGCGAGCUCCAGCAUCAGAGUUCAAGCUGCAACAACCUGGGAGAGACACUGAAGCUGAACCCACUGAGGGACUGCAACACAAUACGCCUCCGUCUCAAGGAGCUGCUGUUCAGCGUGUGCGCCCUUAACGUCAUCUCCACCAUUGUGUGUGCUCUGGCCACAGCCAUGUGCUGUAUGCAGAUGGUCUCCACUGAUGUGCUGCAGAUGUUCAUGCCGCACCGAGCUCGAGCCCUCAACGCGGACUGUAUGACCCCCCAUGGAACCAUCCUCCACCAAACACUGGACUUUGAUGAGUUCAUUCCUCCCAUUCCUCCACCGCCGUACUACCCCCCAGAGUACACCUGCACCCCCUCCAUGGACGGACAGAGAGGCCUGCACCUGGACUUCCCACAUUCCCCUUUCAGUGCCAUCUAUGGGGUUCCCAUCAACAGCCCAGGAACACUGUACCCAACUGACCUGCCUCCUCCAUACGAGUCUGUGGUGGGGCAGACUCCGGCCAGCCAGGUCACCACCAGCAAUGAGCAGCAGGCCACUGAAUCCAGUCUGUGUGAGAGGAACACCACAGCAGGACUCAGCACUCAGGCCUCCGUGGACAGUGCGUCACUGAUGGUGUCAGAAGUGGCUGAUCAGGACCAGACGUGCUCCUCAGAGGACUUGUGCUCCCUGGAGGUUCAAGGUUCUGACUCCUCUCCCUACGGCACACUUCACACAACCGCCAUCAAUGGAAGCUGCCCCAGCCUGGAGCUUUGUUCCAGAGCCCCGUCACGCAAUCAUCGCGGCGUACCCAACACUGACACUCGACCAAGUGAUACAGGAUACAGCGAGUCCUCACACACUCAGGACUCUUUGGAGCGCUCCCCAGACUGGUCUUCAGAAAACUACAGCAACCUGGAGGACUCUACAGAAACACAGCCGUGUGAGGACCACAGGGCCGCAAUGCACAUAUGUGACGAGCUCGCAUCAGCCAAACAUAUUCCAGAGGAGCCCCCUAAAGCGUCAACUCACUCCCUCAUUAAAGCCCGGAUGAUGAGCCGGAAGCUCACACUCCCCGUCACUCUCCCCCCGCCGCCUCAACCCUGCUCCCCCACCUCUGUGGCCUCCUCUGGGGGGACUUCCGCCAUCAGCCCUAUGGCUCCUUCUCCUUCCCCUUCCCCUCCCAGCAGGCCGCGCGGCCCCAGGCUGUGCUUCAGUGUUUGGUCACCGUCAUCCGCGUCACAGCCUGCCUCUACCUCAGCUCAAAGCGGUGUCUCGCCCUCAGAGAAGCCACGAGGGCUUCGAGCAGCAAGGAGGUACCGCAAACUGGCACGCAUUGUCCGCUCUACCAGCGACCCCAUCUCCUGCUCCUCUACGACAGGAAGAGAAAAUUUAAGCUGCGCUUCUGCAAACAACCCUGCUGCUGAGGAUUCAACUCAUGCAUCACCAGAGCAAGAGCAAACAAACAUCACAGCAGAUGUAGUCGCAGCGAAACACAUAUCUGCGAGGAAGCAGCAAAAGGAGGGCAGGAAAGUCGACAUCCACCUCAAGCCCCGAGCCCUGCACACGCACUCCUCCCACGAACGCCCGCACUCCCUGGCUGAUCUCAAGAUGUACAAAGACACCAAAAUACUGGUGGCAAAGUUCCUGGAGCACUCCAGCUGCAGUCUACCUCCUGAGGUCCAGCAGGUCGUCAACAACAUCAAGUGUGUCAUCAAGUCGGAUGAGAAGCACAUGGAGGAGGCUAUUUUUAGUGCCAAUGUCAUAGAUCAGGUGAUGACUCAGCGCAUCAGUGGCAGUCCCAGGAAGCGUGGACACGAGGAUCUUCACCUUCAAAGCUGCGGCGCUUUAAGUUCAUCCCCUUCAAUGCGCCGUCCAAAACACUUUCAACAAACAACCAACGCCUCCACCAACCUCCUGGACUCCCCAUCCUCUGAACAAAGCCUUGAGUGCAGAGAAACUAUUCUCUGACCCUUCUCCCAACAAGGACUAGGUUCAAACCUCUGAGGGCAUUUCACUGAGUGGGUGUUGCAGCCAGGCUUGUGCAGUGCAGCACAUGUCUGUAGAGUAAUGAAUAACUCAUACGGCGCUGAAAGAUCAGAUGUUUUCAAAGUGUGACUGCAGCACAGGCAAACUGAAAUGAUCUCACAUUGUAUCUCUUAGUGCCCUGUGAGACCGUGCCAAGUCAUCAGCAGAAACGGUAGCAAACUCGGACUGAGCCUGCCAGUGUCUGUAGUGGCUUCUUUCUCAUCACAAAAACAAAAGAAUGUUUCUCCCUCAGGGGAUCUUUUCUACUCAGCUUCAUCUCAUAAAAAAGAAACAAACACACAGCGGAUCUGUCACAGAGAGACGAGCAAGAUUGUGUUAUCAGUAUUCCUCUUGUCCUCAUAAGAAGCAGAAAGAAAUAUGUUUGUAUUAAACUGUGAACUGAACCGACUGGGCGUCACUUGCCUUUGUUUGCAGAGUUUGUGGAGCUAUUACUGAUCGUUUGGUGAGUAUUUUGUGGUGCCGCUGGUUCAAGAACUUCACAGAUGUGGAUUAUUUAACUUACCUCAUUGUGUUACAAUUCUUAUCAGUGUUACAAUAAAACAUGAGUUUGUA